CUUCCUACUGAAGCCUAUCUCUCUCUCUCUCUUGUUCUAGCUUCCAUCCUCUCCUCUUUUAACCGGUAGGUUGUGGUUUAUUGGAUAUUGGAAACUGGAGAGUUUUGUGUACUUGGAUUUUUGGAGGUUACUUGCGCUGUUGAUUUCCUUAGAUGAAGGCCAUGCCCCUAUCCUUUGAGGAGUUUCAAGGGAAGGGGGCGUUAGAUUCUUCUUCUUCUUCUUCUUCUUCUUCUUCUUUUUCUUGCUCAGAUUCAUCUCUCUUACUACAAAACCAGCUCCAUCAUCAACAAGCUAAGUGGCAAAACAGCAAGGAAGGUUUCUGCUAUGUGGGCAGUGAGCCCACAACUACUAAUACUAGAAGAAGCCCGAGUCCUCCAACAUCUUCCUCAACACUGUCGUCCUCUUUCGGAGAAAGCGGCGGCGGAGGCAGCGGUGCCUCCACGGACAGCAGCGUCGUGGCGGCAGCGAAAGCUGUCUCCGGCAACUCCAACAGGUGCAGCAGGCAGCCUGUUGAUGUAGGAACGGAAAAAUGUGGUUUAGGCAUGGAGGAUUGGGAGUGUGUUCUGCCGGGGUCUCCUAGUCAAGAGCAGUCCAUUUUGAGGCUAAUUAUGGGUGAUGUGGAUGAACCUUCUAUGGGACUAAACAAAAUUCUUCAGCCAGGUGGCGGGUCCCAAGAUAUGGAGUUCAACGCGGGUUUUGGUUUGAUGGAUCAAGGUUUCUCCUUUGAGUCCAUUACCAGUGGUGGCAACUUGGUAAGCAACAUUAACCCUUCUAUGGAUAUGGUUUCAGCCCCAUCAAAUCCUGCAUUUACAUCUUCACCGCACAAUCUUUUGCCUACUUCACUCCCUCCCGGUGUCUUUGCACAACAGCAGCCCCUUGAAGCUUUGGAUGAAAAGCCUCAGCUUUUCAAUUCACAGAUGAUAAUGAACCAAAACCAAGCUCAAUUUACUCAAAACCCUGCUAUGUUCUUUCCACUUUCAUAUGCUCAUUUGCAAGAACAUAAUCUUUUAUCACCACCACCGCCUAAGAGACUUAACUCUGGCUCAAGUAAACCCAACUAUCAAGUCCCUAAGAGUCCAUUUUCGGGUCCAGGGCAGGAGCUUUAUCUCAGGCGCCAACAACCGACCCAACUGCUUCAGCAAAGGCCUUCAGCUGUAGGAAUGACAGCAACAGCGAAGCCGAAUAUGGUGAGUGACGAAUUGGCGAACCAGCAGCUUCAGCAGGCAAUAAUCGACCAACUAAUCCAGGCUGCAGAGCUGAUCGAAACUGGGGAUCCGGUACACGCGCAAGGGAUAUUGGCGCGGCUCAAUCACCAGCUCUCCCCUGUAGGUAAACCCUUUAUCAGGGCUGCCUUCUACUUUAAGGAGGCUUUACAGUUAAUCCUUCGUUUGAACGCUACCAACACAUCGGCUUUGUCCACGUAUAACAUGAUUUUCAAGAUUGGUGCUUACAAGUCAUUCUCUGAGAUUUCUCCAAUCGUUCAUUUCGCGAAUUUUACCUGCAACCAAGCACUUCUGGAGGUUUUUGAAGGAUGUAGUAGGAUUCACAUUAUUGAUUUUGAUAUUGGGUAUGGCGGGCAAUGGGCUUCUUUGAUGCAGGAACUUGUUUUAAGAAGUGGUGGUGCCCCUUGUAUGAAAAUCACUGCCUUUGAUUCUCCUUCCAAUCAUGAUGAGCUAGAACUUGGUUUCACCCAGGAAAAUCUUAAGCACUUUGCUAGCGAAAUCAGCAUGGCCUUCGACAUCAAAAUUAUGAAUCUCGAGUCCUUGGAUUCAUGUUCUUGGCCAUUGCCCCUGCAGUUUGCUGAAAAUGAAGCAAUUGCGGUUAAUCUUCCAAUUGGUUCAUUUUCCAGUCACCCUUCAACUCUGCCUCUGAUCCUUGGUUUCGUAAAGCAGUUGUCACCCAAAAUUGUAGUCUCUUCAGACAGGGGUUGUGACAGAACCGAUGUCCCGUUUCCUCACCAUAUAAUUCAUGCACUCCAAUCGUAUUCCGGCGUCCUCGAGUCCCUUGAUGCUGUGAACAUGAAUCUGGAUGCCUUGGAAAAGAUUGAAAGGUUCUUCCUUCAACCUAGCAUCGAAAAGAUAGUGUUGGGUCGACAUCGGUCCCCAGAAAGAAGGCCUCCAUGGAGGAGUCUGUUUAUGCAAUCUGGAUUCUCUCCAUUAACAUUCAGUAACUUCACCGAGUCUCAAGCUGAGUGCUUAAUCCAAAGAACUCCGAUUAGAGGUUUCCAUGUUGAGAAGAGACAGUCUUCACUUGUUCUUUGCUGGCAGAGGAGAGAGCUAAUCGCUGCUUCAGCUUGGAAGUGCUGAUGA